AUGGCUGUUCCUUUUCUCUCCAAGAAGAUAGUGAAGAAGCGUGUCAACUGUCAAGAACCAAACUGGCGAAGGCCGAAGGGCAUUGAUUACCAUGUAAGGAGAAAGUUCAAAGGAUACAACUUCAUGCCCAACAUUGGUUAUGGCUCAGACAAGAAGACUCGCCAUUAUCUUCCCAAUGGAUUUAAUAAGUUUGUUGUGCACAAUGUUAAGGAACUUGAAGUUUUGAUGAUGCACAAUAGGUAG